AGCUGGAAGCAGAAUACGCCCACGAUGAGCUCACUGGGGGUGGCAGGCGAGGUGAUGGAGAUGGGCACGAUCGACCUGCGGAGCGACGGCGAGGAAGAACCAGAGCGGGACCACCACCAGCAGCAGCAGCAGCAGCAGCAGCAGCAGCAGCAGCAGCAGUACGGCCAGCAGUCCGACACGGAAGAGCAGAGGGACGGCCGUAGGUCGUCGCUGGUGGAUCUCGUGCCGGCGUGCAACUCCGUGGGACGGUUCGAGCGGUUCGGUGACCGGGACAUUGCUUUCUCGUGCGACUUUUGCGACGGUUUCAUCGUCUGGGAGGACCUCCACAGCAUGCCGUCGGCGCUCGACCCGCUGCCCGUCGCGUCGGGCGUCACCGAGCAGCCGAACUGGCAGGCCCGUGGGACCUCUCUCUCGGCGGGCGAGGACAAGACGGUGGUCUUUGCACCGCUGGCGAUCGCGAACCACAUCAGCCCGGAUAUAGGGGACUGGCAGGCUCGGAUCCUGUGUCCCUACUGCGACGACUAUAACUACUACGAGGCCGGCGACGAGGACGAGACGAGGUAUGUCCAGGACGAGAAGGGGUUCGGCAGCCUCAGGGCGUUCCAGGAGCAUUUGGAGUGGUAUCAUACCUCGGUUGCCGUGCCGAGCUUGCAGGCGGCUACGAAGAACUGUGUGGUUAUGUAGCCAGCCAGCCAGAAGGGUGUAUAUCAGCACACGCGAAGACCAGCAUUAUGAUUAUGGAUCGAUUCCCUUCACGAGAAAGAGGGGGAAGGGGGGAGUAGUUCAUUUUCCUCGGAAAGGACGGAAGCGUGGAUUAGGCUUCGGCGUUCAAAACAGAUAUUGGAGAGAGGCACAGAGUACAUCACAUUCGCUCAGCGACUUAUAUAACUAUACCUAGAUCGUAGAACCCAGUCUACGCUCGAAAGAAUACCACAGCACAAAGCCGUCCGUCAGGCUUUAUCAUCA